AUGGCGUUCCAUCAGCCGACUCGACAUUCGCUACAGCGAGUCAUCCAAUCUGUCGGCGAUAGGCCCUCCUCGAAUCACCCGGGUCACCUCCAAUCUGCAGAGCAACCCAGUCCCGAUGAAUCGCAGACCUGGGUACUCUUCUCGCCUGCUGCUGCUGAUGCUACUACUUCGGCCUCGUAUCUCAGCAGUGCUGGCGAAUCCAUCCCUACGCCAGGACGGUCCCAGAUUAGCGACCUGGGCAGCCUCAACACGAUAGCUCGUUCGAACCGGGAUGCGUACUUUAGACAGUCUGCCACUCUCUCGGCUGCUAUCGACGACGACUCUGUAGAGGACGAUGCCGAGCUCGACAGCCUAGAUAGCCAUCUUCCCGAUUUCCGCACGCUCGCGAGCCCGUACAACGAGCAACCUCCUAGCCAUCACCAUGACGCCGCCGUUUUCCCCACUCACGACGGGCUCGGGUCGUUCCGGUUAGACCCGCCUGUAGGGGCAACAGAGAUCCAGGAGCAGAUCUAUUUGUUCGAACAGUUCAAUCCGCGGCGAGUUCGGAGGAGGAGGGAGAGCCUCGAACUCGCCGAGCUGGAGAUGCAAGAAGAGCAGGAGCAGCAGGCACAUAAGAUGCAAAGGAUUGAAGCAUGGCGGUUGGAGCAGAGUCGCGUUCUUUUGGAAGAAAUACAUAAACAAACGAGGCGGAGGAGGCCAUCCCCUUCGCAGUCGCAGUCGCAGUCCCCGUCCCAGCCGUCUACCCGACAUCGCACGCGGGCCAACGAAGCAAGGACGGAAAAUCCCGGAAGCUCCGAUCCUGCGGGACAGGCAGACCGGGAAAUCAUGGAUUGGCACGAAGAGCCAGCCCCGCAAGCGCUGGACGACCGGGGCGUAUUCGCCAAGAUCACGCGAAAGGUCAUCAAGGACCUCAUCGGGAUCGACGACAGGCUGCUCUCCCUCCUACUUGGCGAAACUCUGCCCGCGUCAGAGGACGACGACGACCUUUCAUCCACGCCCAAGGCGAUUACUGCUGCCGGUCUAGCCACCAGCCCACCGCCUACGGCCGACCAGUCACCCUGGCAGAUCCAGGUGCUCGACCGCGUGGCGAGAGAGCUGGGUUUCCUUAUUAGCCAGUUGUCGCCACAUCCCGGUGCGUUCUCGACAUACGCGCGAAUGCAAGAGAUGCCGAUCCCUUACGCCGGCUUGCCCGUCAUCCCGGAGACGGCAGCCAGCCCCUCUUCCACUGCUCUGGGAGCCGACGAAGUAUCCGCCAAGAUGCCCGAAUUUAAGCCCACCAUGCCCGCCGCGUCCGAACCUAUCGACAUCCCCCACAUCCGAGACGCGGGCGUCGACGUUCGGGAAACGGCCACGCAGGCGACGACCACAACAAAUCACCCUCGCCGAGACGAGACCACCACCUUCACGCAGGAGGAAUGGGAGCGGGACCUGGACGUCAAGCUCGUGUUCCGCUAUCUCCGCUCGCGGUUCACCUCCCACACGGCUUCUGCGCCGGCCUUCACGUCGGGCACGUCGCACUUGGCGACCUGCAGCACGCAGGACCUGGCGGCCAAGGCAGCACGGGUCCGGCAGCACCACCCCCUCGUGGCCCGCACGCGGCCGGCGGCCGAGCGGAGGGCGUUCAAGGCCACGGCGCCGCAGAGCCCGUCGGCGUUGCGGCAUGCGUCGAGCUGCGCGAGCCAGAGCACCAGGCGGUCGGCGCGCCGGAGCAGCGUGUCGUCGCGGCACUAUUGGGACAUUGGCGGUUCCCUGGGGACCGGGUCUGUGAUUGCUGGGUCGACGGGUCCGAUGGGCAGCUGGGGUGAAGUGUGA